AUGCAAGAAGCAAUCCGCGCCAUCGAAAGCGGUGCAGAUCAGGAGCAAGCUCGUUUCACAGCAGCCGCCUCCCUUGUGUCCUUGGCCUGGGCCUUGGCCUCCUACCAGAAGGCCCUCCGGGACUCCCGCGACGACAAGAAGCCCAUCAGCUACAUGGCCGUGGUCAUCCAGUUCUGCUGGCACUUCUUCACCGUGGCGGCCAGGGUCAUCACCUUUGCCCUCUUUGCCUCGGUGUUUCAGCUCUACUUUGGGGUCUUCAUUGUCCUGCACUGGUGCAUCAUGACCUUCUGGAUCGUGCACUGCGAGACCGAGUUCUGCAUCACCAAGUGGGAGGAGAUCGUGUUCGACAUGGUCGUGGGCAUCAUCUACAUCUUCAGCUGGUUCAACGUCAAGGAAGGGAGGACCCGCUGCCGCCUCUUCAUCUACUACUUCGUGAUCCUUUUGGAAAACACGGCCUUGAGCGCCCUCUGGUACCUCUACAAGGCGCCCCAGAUCGCAGACGCCUUCGCCAUCCCCGCGCUGUGUGUGGUGUUCAGCAGCUUUUUGACUGGCGUGGUUUUCAUGCUGAUGUAUUAUGCCUUCUUUCACCCCAACGGACCCCGAUUUGGGCAGUCACCAAGUUGCGCUUGUGAGGACCCGGCCGCUGCCUUCACUCUGCCCCCAGAGGUGGCCACCAGCACCCUGCGGUCCAUCUCCAACAACCGCAGCGUCGCCAGCGACCGCGACCAGAAAUUCGCCGAGCGCGAUGGGUGCGUACCUGUCUUUCAGGUGAGGCCCACGGCCCCGUCCACACCCUCCUCUCGCCCGCCACGGAUUGAAGAAUCCGUCAUUAAAAUUGACCUGUUCAGGAAUAGGUACCCGGCGUGGGAGAGACACGUUUUGGACCGAAGCCUCCGAAAGGCCAUUUUAGCCUUUGAAUGUUCCCCCGCUCCUCCGAGGCUGCAGUACAAAGACGAUGCUCUGAUUCAGGAGCGCCUGGAGUAUGAGACCACUUUAUAAAACGCCAAGAUACGGAGGAGCCACAACCUCCACAGGAAGGGGUGAUGGCCGGGCUGUGGCGCUAAGGAACUCCGCCCUGAGCGGGGCAGCGCGUGGGAGCUUCCCAGGCCGGCCGGGUUGGGCUCAGCCUUGGACCCUGGGUCAGCUGACUGCCCGCUGCUGGCCUCCUUUCAAAAGCAUCCCCGAGAGCCUGCGGCUGCCCCUGAAAAGCCAGGCCAGCCCAGCGGGGACUCCCUGUUGCUCCCAAUCCCUCUGUCCCGUCUCUCAGCGUAUCCACCCCAGGGGUACUUAGUAUGGAAAGGGUGCCUCCGAUCCGUAGGGUGUUCUGAUGGAGUUAACUGAUCUUUGCAUAAAAUCUGCUGAGUCAUACACACACGUCCUCUGUCACAAUAGCUUAGGUGAUUUUUCCUGAUGCAAAGCUCUGAUUCCCACAGGAAUAGAAAAACAGAGAGAGAGAGGAAAAACAAACAAACAAACAAACAAAAAACACAUCCCUCAAAGACUCCAGAAAGACAAAAACAAAAAUUAGCACUGCUUAGAAAGAAUUCAUAAAUCAUUCUCACGUGGAAACCAAUCCCCUAUCUGAAAAGUCUCUCCAAUGGACAGAAAACCCAAGUGGGUUGACACACGUAUUAGAAUGGAUGGAAUGGUUCAUUUUCAACACGUUUUGGGAUUUCUUUUUUCAUUUUAAAUUUUCAGUUGAGAACAUCUUUUAUGACAGAAAUCCUAUGCAGCCCAUGGAUGGCGUUUGACAAGAACAAGGAGCUCAGUGAUGUAAGUUCAGUGAUAAUCAGGAUUCAGUAUUCAAUGGCAACAGGUUAAUCAAUACACAAUACAAAAGAGGAAGCAGAGGGGAACUAAAAAGGCAAAAUGAGUGUCCGAUUUCCCGGCCUGCACAGCUCGCGUGGAAAGGGCAGGGCAGAGUGGCAGGAGCCAGGAGCUGGGGUCAGGUCUGGGAACAGAGGCUCUGUGGGAUGGCGGGCAGGCGAGAAUCCAGAACAGGCCAUGCCACUCCCUUCUAGUGCCAAACACCAUCCAGCCAGGACUGACCGGGAAGCUCUGACCGGCUGGGUUUGAGUGGCGUGAGCCCCACCAAAGCAGAAGAGAGCACGAACAAUCAAGUUCUCCACUGUGUAGCUGCCCUCCCCCAUCCAAGAUCAAAGUGAUGGGUCUUGUAGAGGCUUUGGGACACGUUGUAAUAAGUCUGAGCAGACAGCUGCCAUGAGCAUGCUAUGAGAAAACCCUUCCGAACUGACUGAGGGCUUUACCACUAGAUCCAGCUAAGAUCUGUAUUCGAAUCACGUGUAAAGCUUCUGGGUUUUAAAUACCUCCGUCCAGCAAGUAAACGUUCCCCACUUUCUGUUCCCAGUGUCCUUGGUCAUGGUGCUUUUUGUUGCAUUAAAAGUGCCGGUCAAACUUUGAUAGUAUUUUUUUAUAGUUGGUGCAGAGUGGAAUAACUCAUGGAUUAUUUCAAUAUUUUUGUAAUAAAAAAAUAUAGGGUAUUCAUAUAGGCAUCAUUACUUUUUUUAUAGACCUGGAAUUGUUUAAAAGUACUUUAAGCAUCAUCAUUGCUUGGGAUGUCAGAAAAUGGUCCACAGAUCCCAUCAGCCUACCUUGGCAGAUUGAGAAUGCUUGUCUCUUGCAAAAUCACCCUACUUUGUAAUGCCGGUGCCCAACCUGGCCAGGGGUGCUAUCAGAAUAUCAGGUGACAGGAGAAGCAGCUUAACUAGAAAGGGCUUGUCAAGACUGGCCAAUGUUUCCCAGGAAAUCAAAGAUGUAAAUGAUUCCUUUUUUCCAUCCAUUAUGACAAAGCUGACCACAGUGGAAGAUGUCUUAAACUUCCUUCCCUGGUUUUAUAUUAACCCAACUAAUAUACUAAAUAUUAGUCAAGUCACUUUAAAAAAAAAAAAAAGUCAGUUUAACUUAAUUAUACAGCUAUUUGGACCAUCCGGGUCACUUGAAACAGUAAAGUUCUAAAGUCACCACUCAGAAUCGGUGUGUCAUAAGGAGACGGCUAGUCUUAUCAUGACACCCAUGGGUAGUGACAGAGGGCUCAACCUAGGACUUCUUUUGGUACAAAGCCCCAGAGCAAUGUUUUAAAUGUAGACCAUUUUUAUCAGUAGAUCUAUUUUCCUAGUACUCCACGAUUUGAUCCUCCAAGCAAGAGUCCACUAAAGAAAUAACAAUCUUUUGUUUGGAUGUGAAACCAUUAUCCGGUCACCAGUAAAGGCACAGGGAGAGGCUCCUCUUGUCAACAAGUGGAGAAAAGAUUCCACCCCACUGUAGAAGGAAAAUAAACAUGAUUGUAUCGGCAAAUUCUUCACUUGGGGGCAGAACCAUGAGUUAGUUGUUAUUCAUUCCAAGACAAGUUUGAAUUGAUGAUCUUUGGAAAUUGAAUUGCUCAGUUGAACGAUACGUUUGAUCCCAUGAGUAAGUAGCAGAUUUUGGUAAUGUCAGUCAACACAAACCCGACAGCCCCCAUCACUCUUCGAUCAUGGAAGUCCUAAAUGAUUUCUCGACUUGAUCCUUCAUUUAACGUGUGAAAAGUCAAAAUGAGUGCUAUGUGAAUAAAAAAAAAAUGAUG